UUCUAUGAACGUAACCUGGAUUCACGUUUAAAUGGAGCCAAGGAAAAGCAGGAUGGUGACCACCUGUUGAGAAACGGGCUCCCUGGUCAGCCGGCCUCAGGGGUGAACUUCAGGCAGUUUGCCGGGGAAAUCAACGUUGACCAUGUUGCUGGAAGAGCCUUAUUCUACUACUUUGUGGAAUCGGCAUCCAAUUCUUCUACCAAGCCUUUAAUUUUGUGGCUCAAUGGAGGACCUGGUUGUUCAUCACUUGGAAUGGGGGCUCUGAGUGAAAUUGGACCAUUUGGUGUUAAUCCUGAUGGGGAAACACUAUAUGCUAGACAGUUCGCCUGGAACAGAGCGGCGAAUGUAUUAUUUUUGGAGUCUCCUGUCGGUGUCGGGUUCUCCUAUUCCAACACCACCUCCGACUACAACACAGAAGAUGAUAGAAGGACUGCGGAGGAUGCAUAUAUCUUUUUAGUUAAAUGGUUUGAUAUGUACGAAAGGUUCAAGGGCAGGGAGUUCUAUUUAAUAGGAGAAUCCUAUGCAGGAUAUUAUAUUCCAGAACUUGCUGAUGUUAUUCUGAAGAAAGUCAAUGAUACUAAAGACUCAACCCCCGUGAUCAAUCUUACAGGAAUCAUGAUUGGGAAUGGGUUGAUCAACGAUAUAAGUGAUACAAGGGGAUUGGUAGACUAUGCUUUUAGCCAUGCUUUGAUAGCUGAUGAUACUCAUGAGGAGGUCCAUAGAGAAUGCUCGGCGGGUGUUAUUAAUAAAAGCGACUCUUGUCGUGGAGCUUUCAUGAACUUCUUACUAGAAAUAGGGUCUAUAAAUUACUUAAACCUUUAUAGCCCACAAUGUCAACCAUCACUUAUGAAUCAUCCACCCACAGGUCACAGUGAUCCUUGUGAUCUGUUGUAUGUUCAAAAGUACCUGAAUCUUCCUCAAGUCCAAGUAGCUUUGAAUGCGAACAAGACCCAACUUCACUAUCCUUGGGCUCCAUGCAGUGAUGUAAUCCCUGGAAGGGUUAAUAUGCCCAAAUCCAUGUUCCCCGUGUAUAAAAGGUUGAUGGGUCAUGGCUUACAUAUACUUCUUUAUAGCGGUGACGUGGAUGUGUGUGUUCCAGUCACCAGCACCCGUUAUUCACUUGCUGCAAUGGGUCUCAAAGUAAUUGAGCCAUGGCAUACGUGGACUAUAUCCGGUACAUCAGAGGUGGCCGGGUACAAGACGGUCUAUGAUGGUUUAACAUAUUAUACGGUCAUAGGUGCUGGACACCAAGUGCCAUUAUCACGUCCUGAUAAAUCAUAUGCACUUUUAAAUAGCUUGUUGGGUGGUUUGGUCGAAGCGAAUCAUGGAAUCAGAACUGAGAAUGAAAAUGUACAUAAAGGAAAUUAAUAUCAUGUGUGGUACUCCCUUCAUAUCUUUCUGAAAUGGCUUAAUGGAACCGAACUCUCAUACAAUUGUUUUGGUUGACGGCGAAUUAAUCGUAAACCAUCGUACUAGAGAUCCAGGAAAAAGAAUUAUUAAGGAAUUGUAACAAACAUAUGUAUAAUUAGUCCAACUGGACUGGUCUUCUAAUUUCAAUGUUAGGCUCUAUAUUAUAUAUUUAAUACA